AUGGUUCAUCAGCCACAGUAAUGCUGCUCAGUGCCAGCUCUGUUUGUCUGAGCAUGGUACUAACACAUAACCAAAUAAUGCACACUUCCUAAACAGCCCUAUUCCCGGCUGUACUUAGAGAUACAAUUAGCAUCACCAGUUAAGGAUAACACUAGGGAAAUUUCACAGGAGCAGUAGCAAUGGUCUUAUUUUUAUAUCCUAGCAAUUGUGCCCAGCUAGCAACUAAGCCCCAUGAAGCUGCUCCCUCCUGCCCUACCCCAGUGGAAUGGGGCAGAGAACCAAAAGUAAAACUCCUAGCUUAAGAGUAGUUUGAUAAUUGAAAACAAAGUAAAAUAUAGUAAUAGAGUAAAUAAUACGAAUGAUAAAAAGAGAAAGAAAACCAAGUGAUGCACAGUACAAUUGCUCACCCCACGCUGACCAAUGCCAGAUUCCAUUCCUGAAUCCAGACCGGUCUCACUUCCAGAUAGCUCCCCACAGUUAUACUGGGCAUGAUGUUCUUUUGGUAUGGAAUAUCCCUCUGGUCAGUUCAGGUCAGCUGUUAUGGCUGUGCACCCUCCCAAGAUUUUUUUUCGUUCUCAGCGGCAGAGGAUGAGACACAACAAAAAAGUCCUUGAUUCAGGAUAAACGAGACUUAGCAAAACUCAGAACAUCAGUUUUUUUAAUUCUGAAUACAAAACUCAGCACUGUCCUAGCUACUGAGGAAUUAACUCCAUCCCAGCCCAAAUCAGGACACUGGUACCUACUGAGCACUGGAGUGACACAGCUUAUUCAUGAAACACAGAUUUUCAUCGCUAUGCAGUAGGUGAUCUGGAUUAAUCAUCCAUUUAAGGAUUUGCUCUAAGUGUACUAGUAAAUGGGUUUUGGGAGGCAGCGGUGCUGAACAGCCGAUGGCCACACCGUGUUUACGGUGCAAAGCAUCUUCGCAAUUAACCUUUCAGGCCUGUUCGGUCCAGAGCUCCUCUGAUGCAACUCUUAGUGCAUGACAAAGCGGUAGAAGGCACGUAGCCUCACCAAAUGCCCCCACGUGUUAACCCUGACGGCGCCCCGCUUCCAGCGCCGCCAGCCCAUCACCACUCUCGUUAGCUGCGGGGGCUGCCAGGCCAGCACAUGCUGCCUGGCUGCCAGGGGCGGCCUCCGCGACACCCACACGCGCACGGCCCUGGCUCCCCGCCCGCUCGGGCCCCGGGGGUGACAGCGAGCGGAGCCCGCGGACAGAACGGACAGGGCCCACCCCGCGCCCCCCGCGGCGCCUCAAGGGCGAGCGCGCGUCACUUCCGGGACGCACCCGCCUCCCCGCGCGAGCAUCGCGAGACCCCGCCCCGCCUCGCGCGAGACUCGUUGGCUCACCCGGCCGCCUAGCCGAGUCCCUUCGGCAAUUUCCGUCACCGCCAGACCCGACCAAUCGGCCGCAGGAGCGCAUCGAUGAGCAAAGGCCCCCCGCGGGGUCCCUGCGGGGCCGAGCCCCGCGGUGCGGGCGUGGGGUUCGUGCGACGGCCACGACGGCGCGGCCGGAGCGGCGGAGCCCAAGCGCGGGACCGGAGCGGCGGGGAAGCAUGCGGGGUUCGAUUGAUCAGGCCUGGGCAUGGCGCCUCUCCUCCCCCCCGCCAUGGCUCCCCGUGUCCCUGCUCCUCUACUCUCAGUGAGCGAAAGUGGCCGCCGCCGCCGUCCCAGCGCCCGCAGCCGCCGCCUCCUCCUCAGCACCAGCGCGGGCGCCAUCUUGGCGAGGCAGGAGCCGGGAGCGCCCCGCGGCAGGAGACAGGCAACGCCAGCCCCGGCAACGCGGGGCGAGAGGCCGGGUGGAGCAAGCGGGGGAGCCAGCCCGGGAGACACCCCCAGCCCCCCGCCGCCGCCGCCGCCGCGUCGCCGCCGGGCCCGCUACCCAGCUGUGUGUUCAGAGGCACCUGUGCAUGAGGAGAAGUUUGUUCUAUGGCCUCAGAGCUGGGUGACAGGGAGGAUGGCAGCUGCUCAGAGCUGGCAAAACCCGUCUAUCUGCAGUACCUGGAGAAAGCUCUGCAACUGGAUCAGUUCUUACGACAGACGUCUGCCAUCUUUAACAGGAGUAUAUCCAGUGAUGAAAGUGAAGAUGGAUUGGAUGACAAUCCUUUGCUGCCUCAGUCUGGGGAUCCCCUGAUUCAAGUUAAGGAAGAGCCUCCAGACUCCUUGCUUGGAGAGUCUUCUGGAGCAGGGAAUUCUGGGAUGUUGAACACACAUUCCCUGAAUGGAGUACUCCAGCCAGAACCAAAGUCUGAAAAAGGGAGUUUGUAUAAUUUUUCCAAACUGAAGAAAAGCAGAAAGUGGCUGAAGAGUAUCCUUCUGAGUGAUGAUUCCAGUGAUACAGAAUCACCAAGUGAUGAGGAUGGAGACGAGGAAGAAGAAUUUACUCUUUCAAGGGAAGAACUUCAUGAUAUGCUGCGAUUACACAAGUAUAAAAAAUUGCAUCAAAGUAAAUAUAGCAAAGACAAAGAGUUGCAGCAGUAUCAGUACUACAGCGCGGGGCUGCUUUCUACCUACGACCCCUAUUACGAGCAGCAGCGCCACCUGCUAGGGCCCAAGAAAAAGAAGUUUAAAGAAGAGAAAAAAAUAAAAGGCAAGUUGAAAAAAGUAAAGAAAAAGAGGAGACGGGAUGAGGAACUCUCUUCAGAGGAGUCACCACGACGCCACCAUCAUCAGACCAAAGUUUUUGCCAAGUUUUCCCACGAUACACCACCACCUGGGCCCAAGAAAAAGCAUUUGUCUAUUGAGCAACUUAAUGCACGUCGGCGGAAAGUGUGGCUUAGCAUUGUUAAGAAGGAGUUGCCUAAGGCAUACAAACAGAAAGCUUCAGCUCGUAACCUCUUCCUAACCAACAGCAAAAAGCUUGCCCACCAGUGCAUGAGGGAAGUCCGUAGAGCUGCUAUCCAAGCGCAGAAAAACUGUAAGGAAACUCUACCACGAGCACGUCGUCUCACCAAGGAGAUGCUUCUCUAUUGGAAAAAGUAUGAAAAGGUGGAAAAAGAGCAUCGGAAACGUGCUGAGAAGGAGGCUCUGGAGCAACGCAAGCUGGAUGAGGAGAUGAGAGAGGCUAAGAGACAGCAGCGAAAACUUAACUUCCUGAUAACACAGACUGAACUAUAUGCCCAUUUUAUGAGUCGUAAACGAGAUAUUGGACAUGAUGGGAUACAGGAGGAAAUCCUGCGUAAACUGGAGGACAGCUCUACCCAAAGGCAGAUUGAUAUUGGUGGAGGAGUAGUGGUCAACAUCACCCAAGAGGAUUAUGAUAGCAACUAUUACAAGGCCCAAGCUCUGAAGAAUGCUGAGGAUGCUUACCAGAUUCAUCAAGCCCGGACCAGAUCAUUUGAUGAAGAUGCAAAAGAGAGUCGGGUAGCUGCUCUACGGGCUGCUAACAAGUCCGGUACUGGGUUUGGAGAGAGCUACAGUUUAGCAAACCCAUCUAUCCGAGCAGGAGAAGACAUUCCACAGCCUACCAUUUUCAAUGGAAAACUGAAAGGUUAUCAACUGAAGGGCAUGAAUUGGCUGGCCAACCUAUAUGAGCAGGGCAUCAAUGGAAUCCUGGCAGAUGAAAUGGGUCUGGGUAAAACAGUACAAAGUAUUGCUCUCCUUGCACAUCUGGCUGAGAGAGAGAACAUCUGGGGACCUUUUUUAAUAAUUUCACCUGCCUCUACUCUGAACAACUGGCACCAGGAGUUUGCCAGAUUUGUACCUAAAUUUAAGGUACUACCUUACUGGGGAAAUCCCCAUGAUAGAAAGGUGAUCCGAAAGUUCUGGAGUCAGAAGACGUUGUAUACUCAGGAUGCUCCUUUCCACGUGGUAAUUACCAGUUACCAGCUGGUGGUGCAGGAUGUGAAGUAUUUCCAGCGAGUGAAGUGGCAGUAUAUGGUGCUGGAUGAAGCACAAGCACUCAAGAGUAGCUCCAGUGUUCGUUGGAAGAUCCUACUGCAGUUCCAGUGUCGAAACAGAUUGUUGUUGACUGGGACCCCAAUCCAGAACACAAUGGCUGAGCUGUGGGCCCUGCUGCAUUUUAUCAUGCCAACACUGUUUGAUUCCCAUGAAGAGUUUAAUGAGUGGUUUUCUAAGGACAUAGAGAGCCAUGCAGAGAACAAAUCUGCUAUUGAUGAAAACCAGCUAUCCCGUUUGCACAUGAUCCUGAAGCCUUUCAUGCUGAGAAGAAUCAAGAAGGAUGUGGAAAAUGAACUGUCAGAUAAGAUUGAAAUUCUCAUGUACUGCCAGCAGACAAGUCGACAGAAGCUCUUGUACCAAGCUCUGAAAAAUAAAAUCUCUAUUGAUGACCUCCUGCAGUCAUCAAUGGGCACUACUCAGCAAGCACAGACCACCACUAGUAGUCUCAUGAAUCUAGUCAUGCAAUUUAGGAAGGUGUGCAAUCACCCAGAGCUGUUUGAGCGACAAGAAACUUGGUCUCCAUUUCACAUCUCCCUAAAGCCAUACCAGAUUUCCAAGUUCAUCUACCGUCAUGGACAGAUCAGGGUCUUCAACCACUCACGGGACAGGUGGUUACGGGUUUUACUUUCACCAUUUGCACCAGACCACAUCCAGCAGUCUCUCUUCCACAGGAAGGGCAUCAAUGAAGAAAGCUGUUUUUCUUUCCUCCGGUUUAUUGAUGUCUCUCCAGCAGAAAUGGCAAACCUUAUGAAUCAGGGACAUUUAGCCAGAUGGUUAGCUCUUUUCCUGUCUCUGAAAGCAUCCUACAGGCUCCAUCACAUGCGCUGCUGGAUGGAGACUGAGGAGGACAAAGAGCAGGGGUCAUGUUUUCUGAAAAACAGGGAUUUCUUGCUUGAUGUAAAUUUCCCGCUGUCUUUCCCUAACUUGCACAGCUGCACUUUGCUGCAGAACCUCGUGUUCAGCAGCCACUGUAAAGCAGUUACUGGCUAUUCAGACCAUGUCAUAUAUAGAAGGAGAUCAGCUACCUCAUGUGUACGAUGCUGCCAGGUGACGGAGCUGCCGUCCUUCCUGUGCAUAGCCAGUCCACGGGUAACAGCUGUGCCACUGGAAUUCUACUGCAAUGACAGAAGUGCAGAAUACGAGCGCAGGGCACUAAGGGAAGGAGGAAGUCUUGAAGCAAAGCAGUGUGUACUCCAUGGAUCUCCUGAGCUAGCAGCUGACUGGCUGAAACAGUGCUCUCAGUUCUUCCCAGAGCAUCCAGGAGGACUGUUAGGGAUCAGGCCUCAGAAUGGCUGGUCUUUUAUCAGGAUACCAGACAAAGAGAGUCUGAUCACUGACAGUGGAAAACUUCAUGCUCUUGAUCUUCUGUUGACACGGCUGAAAUCUCAAGGACACAGGGUUCUCAUUUACUCCCAGAUGACGCGGAUGAUUGACUUACUGGAGGAAUACAUGGUUUAUAGGAAACACACCUACAUGAGACUGGAUGGCUCUUCAAAAAUUUCUGAACGAAGGGACAUGGUAGCAGAUUUUCAGAACAGGAAUGAUAUUUUUGUGUUCCUGUUAAGUACAAGAGCUGGUGGCUUGGGCAUUAACCUUACAGCUGCAGAUACGGUAAUUUUCUAUGACAGCGACUGGAACCCAACAGUAGACCAGCAAGCCAUGGACCGGGCCCACAGGCUGGGUCAGACCAAACAAGUCACCGUGUACCGCUUGAUUUGUAAAGGCACCAUUGAGGAGCGCAUCCUACAGCGGGCAAAGGAAAAGAGUGAGAUUCAACGAAUGGUAAUUUCGGGUGGCAAUUUCAAACCUGACACCUUGAAGCCAAAAGAGGUGGUCAGCCUUCUACUGGAUGAUGAGGAAUUAGAAAAGAAAUUGCGUCAGCGUCAAGAAGAGAAGCGACAGCAAGAGGAAACAAAUCGUGUGAAGGAACGUAAACGUAAAAGGGAAAAAUAUGCUGAGAAGAAGAAGAAGGAAGAUGAAUUGGAUGGGAAGAGAAAGAAAGAGAACAUGAACCUUGUGAUCCCAUUUGUUCCCUCAGCUGAUAACUCCAACCUGUCUGCUGAUGGGGAUGACUCUUUCAUUAGUGUAGACUCUGCCAUGCCCAGUCCUUUCAGUGAGAUAUCCAUCAGCAGUGAAUUACAUAUGGGCUCUAUCCCUCCUGAUGAGAGCAGUAAUGAUAUGCUUGUGAUUGUGGAUGAUCCAGCUUCUUCAGCACCUCAGUCAAGGGCAACAAACUCUCCUGCUUCCAUUACUGGCUCGGUUUCAGACACCGUGAAUGGCGUUUCAAUGCAAGAUUCAUCUCUCGCUGCCAGAGGCCAGUCAAGUCGAAGCCGGGGUCGUCCCAAGGGUGGCUCCAAAGGUGGCACUGGGAAAGGCAGGAGUCGGAAGUCGAUAGCGGGGAGCGCAGCAGCGAUGGCAGGGGCCAAGGCCGGGGCAGCAGCGGCCUCUGCGGCGGCGUACGCAGCCUACGGGUACAACGUCUCCAAAGGCAUGUCUGCAAGUAGCCCUCUACAAACAGCAAUCAUUCGGCCUUCCGGACUUGCAGAUUUUGGACCUUCAAGCGCCUCUUCUCCUUUGAGCUCCCCUUUGAGCAAAGGAAACAGUGUCUGUGGGACCCCCAAAAGUUUAAACCUGACCAGCAGUCUCAUAUCAGAAACUUCAAUUCGGAAGCAAAGCAAAGGUGCCCACACCUCAGGUGGUCGGUAGUAUAUUGAGCUCCCAAAGCUUGUCUGAACUGUGUUGGCUUUCAGAGUAGACCACCCUGCCAGUCAAAGGCAUGCUAACAAUGCCUUGCUGCUGUCCAGCACAUGUGUGGAAAGAAAAUCAAAGCACAAUGGGAGUGGGUGGUAUAUGUGAGCACUUUGAUUAUGUGUAUUCCAAAAAACUAUCUUUGCAGACACUGCAAGAAGGAGGGAAGGGAGUCUGGGGUAAGAAAGCAUCCAACUACUCCAUGCAAUAUCCUGCAGCUGUGUGUGCUUGAAGUCACACCAGUAUACUUCCUCUCUUAUAGCCUGAAUUGGAGCCCAGCAUUAAUUUUGUUCUGUGAAAUCAGUAUCUGAACCCCAGGAGAAUCCUGUAGAGAGUCACAAGGUAUUUCUGUCCUGGCAGCUGGUCAGUGAACAUGCAGGAGUAAUUGGGGGCUAUGCUGAAGAUGCUGUGUGAUCAAAAAAAUUCUUGGAUUCUUCUGGUGUGGGUCUCUGGGUUCUUUAAAGACUUGAAAUUCAAAGGAAGGUGUCUCAGGUGGUUUCCAGGGAGUGGACUCUUUACAGCAUCAUUGGUCAGGAAGCUGUUCAGAGCUGCAGAAUACAGGGAGCGCUGUCAGGCCUCAUGAGAGCAGCAGCACAGCCUCUGCUUCACACAGUGGAAGAAACCACAGGCCAGUGAUUGGUUUGCAUUUCAGAGUUCUCAUGAGCAUGAACACUUACUGUGUUCAGAAUGAUUUCUCUCAUUUUUGUGGUGCACAGAAUUCUUAAAAGCUUAGAAACAAAAUAAUGCUCUACUUGUACAAAUCUGGAGAAGGAGGAAAACUGAAGUGCUGAGGAGGCGUUUGUGCUGCUUCUCUCACCAUGCCGUAGCAGAGCAUGGAUCUGCAGCUUACAGUGCUGUGAGAGGAGCAAUGAAAAACAAUCCUGAGAGAGAACUGUGCCAUUCCCCCUUCCAGCCAAAUCCUGGGGAAAAAAUUGUCUCAUAUCCCAGCCAUCCCAUUGACUGUUCUUGCAAUGUGUUUUCCCUUCAUCUUUGUGAUCAUCACACAUACUGGCGUGGUUGAGUUCACUGCAGUGUGCGGGCAGUAGCCGUGUCCCACGAGGCUGGUAGAAGGCAGUGCUGCCAGCACCCAUCCAUGUUCUUGUUCCCUGGUUGCUCCUUCCCCGUUCUUGAUGCACAAACCCUGCCCGUAGCCCCUUGCUUUGCUGUAAGCGUUGUCUGCAUUGCACUGAGAUUUAGGUGUGGGACAGUUGUUCUGUCUCACACAUUGAAUUAAGAGGCUGUUCUGCCGGGGCACUUUCAUCCCUUGAGAGAAGCAAGUUGAGUUGCAGGUCUGGGCUGUGACAGUAGAAGAUGAUUUCUUUUUUUAUUAUAAUUUUUUUCUGACCCCAAAUCCUUUGCCUGGCGUCCUACAGUGUAGAGCGAGUGCUUCCUGUUGGUUCUGCCUCUAAUUUGCACACCUGAAAAUAGCAGAACUGAGCUUAGUUAGAUUGAUUUUUGAACAGAUUUGCAGGGGAUAAUUGAGGGGGAGGUGAUGUUUAAUUAACUCAUGAAGACUUCCCCCAUCCCCUUCUAUUCACAUGUAUAUAUGAUAUUUAGAGGGAAUCAGACAAAUGCCAAGCCUUUUUUUCUCUUUGAAUGUGCUGUCUAUUUUUGUAACUGAACUUGUACAUAUGUAUAAAGAGAGACACAUCUUUCUUUUACUAACUGGAGGAGAAAAUCUUAAAUAAAAUGGAGUGAGAUAAUUUUAUGUAAA